UCGUGCGCAUCGCUUUGCCAGCCAGAAAUACCAGUUCUGUGGGAGAUGUGGUUCGAGUGAACCGUGUUAAGAUGAUAAUGGCGUUUUCCGAAAGUUUGACGUUUUUAUUUCUAAUAUCAGCUGUGGUGGCUCAAACUACUGCACGAAAGCCGAAUUUCAAUGUAAGGAAUACAAGAAGAGAGUGCACAUUGGCUGAUGGAAGAUCAGGAAUCUGUGUAGAUUAUUCAUAUUGUAAGAAGGAGGGAGAAAAAAUCGAGCGUGGAGGAAUAAUACAUAUCAGUGAAUUCAGAUCAGGCGGUUCCUGUAAGGCUGGCUUUAACUGGUGCUGUAUUGAAAGUAAUAUGACCAAACCCCCGGAAGUCAUGAAUAAGGAAGAAUGUUUUGCUCGCGAUGGCGAUUACUGCCCAUGGUGUGUUUCAUUGUAUAGAGGUGACGCAAAGAAUAAAAAUGCGGCCGAGCUUUUCUGCGCGGGAGUGCUAGUAGGAUCUAAAGUUGUUUUAACGACUGCUACUUGUCACAUUGUGUCUGUCUACCAAGAUAUUUGGGCAAAAAUACCAGGUUCGGCAGAACCAAGGAAUAUGUAUUCAGUUGCAUACAGAAAACAGCACGAAAAUUACAACUCAGGCACACAUGCGUACGACCUGGCAAUAUUUACAUUAGACGAGGAAGUGAAAUGGAACGACAAACGUAAAGUUGCCUGCUUAGCUCUGACGUCAUCCUUUAAGCCUGUCUGUAUCUCGUUUGGAUAUGACUCAAAAGAUAGAUUUGUUUCGACAAUAGUUGAAAUUACUAAAGGCAGUUGUAUACCGGGAGCUGGAGAAACCGUUGACGUCUCUUGUGGUAAAACUAUUGAUGAUGAACCAUGUUUCGUCGCUACUGGAGCCCCUGUGAUCUGUGAGGAGGAGCCUAAUAAAAUGACAGUGUACGGCAUCGCCAGAAGCCCCUGUAGAAAGUCUGCAGCUCAACUUGGCGCUAUUAAUUUAUCCUCACAGUGGCUUGCAGAUAACCUUAAGGGUUUUGGCCUUAGUGAAGAGAAUUAUUUGCUUAAAAAGUCAACCUAUUAACCAUUAACCAUACGGUGCUGUUGAAAUAAGAUGUUUUUAUGUAUCUUUUCUAUUUAUUUUAACUCCAAAAACAUACAAUUUUAUAAUAUAUUAAUAUAUAUAGGCUACUAAAUUAUAUA